AUGUCCACCACGCUGUACGUGGACCUCAUGUCGCAGCCCAGCCGCGCCUGCCUCAUCUUCUGCAGGCUUCACGGCCUGCCGGUGGCCGAGUCGGUCGUCAACAUCAAGAAGGGCGAGCACAGGUCCGCCGCCUACCGCUCCAUCAACCCCCUCGGCCUGGUACCCUUCCUUGUCGAUGGCGACUUCACCCUGCCGGAGAGCGCCGCGAUCAUGGCCUACCUGGCCCAGAAGCACAGGGGCCUCGUGCCUGACCACUGGUACCCGGAGGAUAUACGCGAGAGGGCGAAAGUAGAUUCCCUGCUCCACUGGUGGCACACGACGGUCAGAUUCGGCGCAAGCUCGCUGGUGCGCGAGCGCGUUCUGGCGCCAGUCCUCGGCGUGCCUUCCUUGAUCCCGCGUGAGGCAUUUUCCACGCAAGCGAGGGACGCCGUGGCCGCUCUGGCGGCCGGAUCGCUCUGCUCCGCGCUGCGCGUCAUCGAGGGCCACUGGCUGGGGCAAGGGCGGGAGUUUUUGGCCGGUGGGAGGCCGUGCCUGGCCGACCUGCUGAUCGCCAGCGACCUGGAGCAGCUGAGGAUGAUGGAUGGCGCAGUGGAGGGGCCGGGGUGGGCGGAGCUCAUGGGGCCCUACGAGAGAGUGCGGGGGUGGCUUGACCGGCUGGAGAAGUACUGCAUGCCGCACUCGCGGGACGUGCAGCGCGUGCUGGUGGCGGCCACCGCGAAGGUGGUGGGGAUGAGGGGCAGGUCGGCUCUGAACCCCAAGCUGUGA